UCCACUGAACCGGUAAUAUAUCGUAUUUCUUUCUUUUGCACAGAAUUCGACGAAUUGAACCGAUCAGGCGAAAAUCCGAACAACGAAGAAGACUGCGAGAGGACGACGAUGACGACGGCGGUGACGACGGGGGUCGUCUUCUUAUUAUUGGCCGUCGUGUCCGUAAUUCGCCCGGCGAACUGUCACGGCGAAUGGGAGAUCGUCGCCGAGCAAAACUUCUCCUCUCAGAUCCGGCUUAACCCUCACAUUAUCCUCCUCGUCACUGUUCCCUGGUGUGGUGAAUCCAGAUCCCUUAAGAAUGAAAUGACUCAACUGGUUACCAACAGGAGUGAGGAGUUUGGCUCCCUGAAGUUGAUGGUUUUGUACAAAAACUCGGAAAAGGUGCUGGCACAAGCCAUUGGUGCCGCCAACGGGAAAAGGGUCUUAUACUAUCACCACAGUGUGCCUUACAAUUACCAAGGGAAAUUCCGAUCCUGGAACAUAUUGUUCUCUAUUCGUCCUUAUUUGUUAUCAUCUCCGAUGGAACUACCUCUUAAACAUUUGAAUUCUCCGAAGAAUUUGAAAGAUUUCAUUGAAUCAACUGACAAGGCCUUUAUUCUGCUGGAAUUUUGCGGAUGGACCCCUGUUUUGCUGUCUAAGUUAAAGGACAAUGCAACUGAACAUAACCCCAAGAGGCAUGGAAAGUUUUCCAGAGUGGUAGAAAUAGAUCAAAUGCUGAUGCUAAGAGGAAAAGAUAACCAGAAGAAACAAGCCAUGCCAAAUGGAAAUAUGAUGUGUAGCCUCCAGAGCGGGUUUGGUGGGAUUCCUUGGGUUGACGAGUUUAGCUUUGUGAAUGGAUCAGCUGUUUCGCAUGAGAUUGGUGGUGUAAAUCUGGCUUUUGGACAAACAUGUACCUUUGAACAUUUUGAGCGAUUUAGUUCAUUCUUCUCGAAACUGAUAGAUGUUUCAAAGGAGUUUUCUUUGCCCCCAGAAAAGCAUAGGUUUGGUCUGGUUACAGAACGAUCAUUGGUUUCAUCUCUUGGUGUUGGAGAAUCUGAUUCAUGGUUAGCAGUCCUUCAGUUAGCAGGAUGUCCACAUUGUUCAAAGAAUCUCAAGGUUGACAAGGACAUUGAGAGGUUACUAAAGAUGGAAAAUCCGAUUUUCAGAGAGCUAGAUGACGACGGGCAGGAGUUUGAGUCAUCUUUACCUGCAAGUAAACCAUCAGUGAUCCUUUUCGUAGAUAGAUCAUGCGGCUCAUUGAAGGAAAGGAGGAGGAUUAAGAAUGCACUUGGCAUUUUCAGAGAAGUAGCUGCACAGCAUCAAACGGCUGACAUAAUUAAAGGGGAGGAUGAUGUCCACCCUGAGAAAUCCGUCAACCAAGUCGAUAAAGAACUCAGGACUAUGUUUGGACCUUCUAGAUUAGAAACUUCCCCGAAGUUUAAGAAGAUCACAUUAGAGAAUAAGGUUUCUGUUAUGAUUUUGGAUGGGGAUAAAAAUGUAGCUCUAGACAAUAUAGCUUCAGAUCUGGAAGGGAGUUCCUUGCAUGAGAUUCUGACAAAUCUUCUUCAUAGGACGAAGGAGACUAAGUUAAGCUCAAUCGCUAAGGAUGUUGGUUUCCGGCUCUUAUCUGAUGAUGCAAACAUAAAAAUACUGGACACCUUGCCAUCUCAGGCAGAAUAUCUGUCUGGUCAUGACUCAUCUUCAUCUUCCCUAGAAGGUCUCAGUGGAAGUACUCUCCAUCAUGAUGAAACAAAACUUUCUGACGUGAAACUUGCCUCUACUGAUGUUCUAGAGAAGCACGGAAGUGAACAAUCAGUGAUGAUGGAAACUGAUAAGCAUGAGGUUUCUGCAACAAAAACUGUGAAGAUUGAGAUCAAUACCUCAUUGCAGUCAGAUUCGAAGGAAGAUUCAGUCCAGACUUUUACUGGCUCAUUUUUCUUUUCCGAUGGAAAUUACCCAUUACUUAAUGCUCUAACUGGUAAUUCAAAGCUUCCGUCGGCAGUAAUUAUUGAUCCUCCUUCGCAACAGCACUACGUCUUUCAGGACGAAUUUAGCCAUGCUUCAUUCGCUGACUUUCUUCAUGGCUAUCUCAAUGGAAGUCUACUGCCUUACAAAAAAUCUCAGUCUAUUAUUCAAAUCCCUAGGAAAGUAACUCCGCCACCUUUUGUUAACCUGGAUUUUCAUGAGGUGGAUGCUAUUCCGCGGGUCACGGUUAAUACUUUCUCAGAGCUGGUUGGUGUACUUGAUCGACCAACUGAAGAAAAUGCUUAUUAUCCAAGGAGAAAUGAUGUUUUGGUUCUUUUUAGCAAUAGUUGGUGUGGCUUCUGUCAGAGGAUGGGACUUGUUGUGCGUGAAGUGUACCGUUCACUAAAGGGAUAUACCGAAUCAAUAAAAAGAAGAUCUAGGGACAAUCAAAUGCUUGUUAGUUCAGAGUCAUUGGCAAAUGGUGGGAGUAUAAGACCUCCACUAAUCUACUUCAUGGACUGCAUGCUGAAUGAUUGCAGCUUGAUCCUAAAAUCAAUGAAUCAGAGGGAAGUGUUUCCUGCUCUAGCGUUAUUUCCAGCUGGGAGAAAAGAAGCCAUUCCUUACGAAGGGGACAUAUCUGUAGCUGAUAUAAUCGGAUUUUUAGCUCGCUAUGGAAACAGUUCUCGUGAGUUCCUGAGUAAGAAAGGAAUCCUUCUUACCCCAUCUGGAAAACAAACGGGAAGCUCAAGCAUGUUUGAUCAAUCUUUUUCUGCGGCCAACGAGAAAGCCACUGGAAAUGACAAACUAUUCGAGGUUACUCUGAGGAACAGAAAGCCAAAAAGCAAGUUACAACAAAACGAGGCCAAGCCUCAACCACCAACACAUUCACACAAACCCGUUCAUCAUGUUAAAGUCGGUACCUUUCUCAUUGCUUCCGACAAGCUUGUUAAUGCCCACCCUUUCGACAACUCGAGGAUUCUGAUCGUGAAGGCAGACCCAGAAAUCGGUUUCCAGGGUCUGAUCGUAAACAAGCAUCUCAGAUGGGAUUCAUAUCCUGAACUCACAGAAACAGUUGUUGAUCUCUUGAAAGAGGCUCCUCUCUCAUUUGGUGGUCCGGUUGCGGAUCCAGGGAUACCACUCUCGGCUUUAACCCGAGGAGGCAAGACCAACAAUCACCACGCGGAAAUCUUGACCGGUGUAUGUUUUCUCGACCAAUCGGCAGUGGCCCAUCUAAUCAAAGAUUUCGAAUCAGGAGGCUUGACACCAUCUGACUACUGGUUUUUCUUGGGAUACUCUAGCUGGAAUUAUCACCAGUUGUUCGACGAGAUCGAGCAAGGAGUUUGGGAUGUUGAAAACGACGAAACGAACUUCGCUUGGCCGUGAAUCAGCUUCUCUUGCUCUGGACAGUAGAUUGUGUUUCGGUUUUUUGUUUAGAAGAAAAGAAGAUGAAUCUAACAUGGAGAAACAAGAAUGUGUUCGUUCUUUGUAGUAUGGAAGGUUAUGUACCACAACUUGUUAUGAUACCCUCAAUUUUUUUUUCAA